CUGAAAAAUAUAAUUAUUCAGGCUUCUGGAGAACCAUCGUUUACGGUUGAGCAGGCGAGUAAAGCGCUUAAAGCUUACAAAGAUCGUAAACUAGCGCGACAGAAAGCACGAGAAGAAGAAGCGUGUUAUGUGGAAUAUAGAAAAGCUGAAAUUUUGACAAAAAUCAGGCCCAAAUAUGCAACGCUUGGUAGUGUUGAUGAGAUGUUUCCGAAGCGACGCAAAGGUUCAAUGGGAUUCGGUGAGCGCAAAGCACAUUAUUUAUCUAUUCGGCCAAAAGCAUGUUAUGCAACUUGGCUGGGCAAGCGUAAAAAUGUCAUUGAAGCAAAGUAAGU